AUGCUUUUAAUUUUUGUAACAAUAAGAAACAAUAAAUUGAGAGGGGCAGCUAAUUAUUUAUUGGCUAUAACUGCUUUCUUUGAAAUUCUCCAUCAAUCAAGCCAUCUUGUUUUUCUAGCGAUAUCAAUAAGCGGAAUUAAUUUCAUUAAUUAUUCUACAGCUAUUAAAUUCCAAUUACAUUCAAUUUUUGGGAUAACAGCAGCACAGACAUCCAUGGCUUCAACAGCUGCCGACAGACUUUUAUCUGUUCUGUUCCCAAUUAAAUAUAAUCAACUAGAUAUUCGCCCUUAUUUGCUUGUCCACACAGUUUUGGCUUUUUCUAGUGGAAUUUGGAUGUCAAUAAAUGCUAUUAAUUUAUCAAAUAAAUACCCAACACUUCCCGUUACCGGCAGGAUUGGAGAUUUAUUUGUUCUUGACAUGCAAAUAAUAUUUAAAUUUAUCAUGAUUCUGUGCGCAUUAAAUGCCGUAAUUUAUUUAAUUAUUUGGAUGGUCAUCCGUUGCUCUCAUAAAUCAACUAACAGUGGAGGUAUUCCAUCAGAUACUCAAUCACGCCUUCUUAAAUCUCUAAUUUUAAUUGUUUCGAUAGUUAUUGGUGGAUAUGUAAUAAAUAGUAUAUACAGAUUAAUUGUUAAUCAAUUUUUUAAACUUAAUGACAUUCAAAAUUGGUCUAUUGGAAUGUUUGGUGGAACUCUUUUAAAUAUUGGAGCUUCUGCUGAAACUCCAAUACUUUAUAUUUUUAGUAGUAUUUAUCGAGAAGCAAUCAACAAACAAUUAAAACGUUUUUUAUGCAAAAAAUUCCAAAAAAAUAAAAUUUCGGCAGCUCCUGGUUUUGUUAACUGUAGUGGAGUAAAAACAAAACAAUUAAUAAAUGGUGGAGGAGGAGGUGGAGGAAUUGUUAAUAAUAAUAAUGUUUAUCCAAAAACAUAA